GGCUGCGAGGGGCCGGGCCGGGCCGCUCCUCCCGCGGGCCCGGGCGGGGCAGCUCCGCUUUCGCUUUCGUUUCCUCGUGGCGGCGGGCCCGGAGCGGAGCCGAGGCCGCAGAGCCGCGGCGGGAGCGGGCAGCGAGGGCCCGGUGCCGGUGUGGCGGGGCCCGGCAGCCGCCCCCGCGGGCAUGGCGGGCCGCACGGUGCGGGUGCAGGGUUUCCCCGCCGAGCUGCCUCCCGACAGGGCGGCCGACAAGCUGACCAUUCACUUCCUGCGCUCCCGCAACGGCGGCGGGGACAUCGCCAGCGUGCGGGUGCUGCCCGGCUCCCUGCCCUGCGCCCUCAUCACCUUCGAGGCGCCGGAAGUGGCCCAGAGGAUCCUGAAGGUGAAAAACCACGUGCUGGCAAUCGGAAAGACACGGUACCCGCUGGAGGUGACACCACACGCUGCAGAGCUGAGCCCUAAUGAGAUCUUCACACAUGUGAACAUGACAAUUGACUAUGGCAAGCUGCCCACGGGCAAAACCCUCCUGAAGGACUUGCACAAAGACUACAGCAAUAUACACUUCAGCUUCGACUCACAGAAUAUGCAGUGCAUAGUCCAGGGACCGUUCACUGAGCUGCAGACCUUCAGCAGAGACCUGCUGGGCAGCCUGAACCUCAAGAGAGAUGCCACUGGCCAGAUCCUCCUGCCAGCUUCCAGCUGUGAGGCCAAAAAGGUGGGAAUGCAUGAUCAGCAGCAAGUGCCUGACUCCACUGAGUCAGCACAAGAGACAGCAAAGCUGCCAGACUGCGACCAGGUGUGUGAAAUGGCAGCUAAAGCCCCAUCAUCUCAGAGCCCAGCGGGUGGGAAAGCUGUGGAAAUUUUGGGGAAGCUGGAGGACUAUUCCCUAGCAAUGGACUCGGACAUUUACUUGUACAUGCAGAGAUUCUGUGCUGCUGAGUACCAGGGUGUGCUGCACCAACAUCACGUGGAUGUGGUGCAUGUCAGUGGCGAUGGCAUCGCUGUAUUGUACCUCCACCCAUCUGGAGGCGUGCCUGGGGACAUGGAUGCCUUGCGACAGGCCCGCCUGGCCCUGCAGCAGCUCUACCAGCAGCUGGAGGUGAGCCUGUGCAAGGAGAAGAUUGCUAAGGAAGGGCUGGGAAUGGACAGCCAGGCACUCAGGGCUCUGACAUGUGAGCUGCAGAAGCUGUAUCCCCAGCUGCUCUGCCAUGAGGAUGUGAAGCAGCUUUAUCUUGUUGGAAACCGUGUUGAUGUGUCCAAGGCCAAGCAGUUCCUUGAGGAUUCUGUCACCAGGAGAGGUGCUGCACACACGGUUGACAUGCUGAGCAGCUCCCAGCCCUCUGGCACCACAGAGGAUGCACUACACCUGGCCAAAGCUCCUGUGCAUACUUCAGCCACAAGGCUUAGCUCAAGCAGACCGGAGCUGAAAGGCUGCAAACCCUCUGCAUCCAGGUCUGUGCUGCGACGGUCCAGCAGCUUCUCCCUACCAAGGUCAAAGGAAAGCAACAACUCUGGAGACAGCAGCAGCAGAGUGAGUGAGGAGAUGAGCCUGGACACUCUGCAGUGGUUUUACCUGAAAGAUGUCCGCCAUGCCACUAUUGAUGAGCUGUGCAGGGCUGGAGGGGUGCACAUCUUGGAGCGCCACGCUGGGGACUGCACAGUGCUGACGCUGCAGGCAGAUGACAGGGGAAGGCUGCUCCAGGCAAAAUGGAAGAUGGAAGAUCUUGUGCAGAAGUGCCCUGACUUGGUGUGUCAGAGUGUGAGCUACUCAGAGCUUGCUGUUAGUGGUCCAGAUGACAGUGACCUGAGUGAACUGUGCAGCCUCUUGCGAGGAAAAUCCUUCCAGGUUGGACUCAGCAAAGACAAGUACAAGCUCUAUCUUGCCUGCCCUAAGGAGAUGCUUCCAGGAGUGGCUGAGGCCUUCCACAUGUUUUCUUCUAGGAGGCUCUGUGCCAUGAAAUCUUUAUCCAUGUUUCCUGAACCAGAGAGUACAGGGAAAUCAAGUGUCAUCCAGUCAAUCAGAAGGCAGGACCCAUUGCUGGAUGCAGCCCUUCCUGGCAGCCUGAAUUCCCUACAGCACCUGAACAUCGAUAAAGUGGACUCUAAAUGUGGGCUCAGGGUUUCCUGGUUGCCAGAGGCUGAGGAAAAGAGAUCCCUCAAUCCUUGGAGGUCCCAGCAGGCUUGGGGGCAGGAGGAGGCCAGAAGCUAUAUUGAUUCUGGGUCUGGGAGAGGAGAAAGCAGCCUUCUGAGCCUUGGUCCAUGGGAUAAGCCAAGUCCUCCUGGCCCGAGGGAGCUCCAGGAACAGCGGAAGACAAAACUGUGUCUGGGGGAGCCUGACAGCACCCGGCUAAAACAACUCUUGCCAGACAGAUUCCAGUUUGCAAGAGACAAGAGCAGAGGAGGCCACAAUGAAGCAAUGGGACAGCAGCACUGUCCAGUCCCUGCAGCUGAUGAAGCUCCUCACUCUCUGCCCACCUGGCUAUCCAGGGCCGUGGCUGCUGAGCCACCCCCAUCUGUGGCCCACCAGGCACCUGCAGCAGAGCCCACAGAUCAGGGAAGGGCCCAGCUCCCAGGGGGCAGGAGCAAUGAGCAGGAAGAGCCUGACCUCCCAUCACAGCAGAAAAGAGACCCCAGCCUUGGACAGGAAAGCAGCAUGAUCCCUCUGGACCAAUGUGACACUUGCAAGGACUCAGGUGUGACCUGCCAGGGCUCCUGUGGUCACACCUUGUGCAGGACAUGUUUUGCAGCAGACAGAAUGCAGCCAGCUUGCUGUGGAUCCUCCUCAGCUGCCCCAAGCUGCAGUAUCCUGGGGACACUGAAGAUCUCCUCCGUGUCUCAGAGCCUGCCUGGAUACUCUCAGGACCCAACACUUCAGCUUGCUUACAGCAUCCCUGAUGGCGUGCAGGAGGUUGGGCACCCUCGCCCAGGACACCCUUACAAAGGGGGGAAUUUUCGUGCCUUCCUGCCUCAUAACAAGGAAGGGCUGAAGACAGCAAAGCUGCUGAAGAAAGCAUUUGAAUGUGGGCUGACAUUCCAGAUCAAGCCCUGCAAUGGAGAGGAAAGAGUAACAUGGGGCCUUAUCCCCCACAAAACCUCCUGGGAUGGAGGCAAAGCCAGGAAUGGCUACCCGGAUGCCCAGUACCUCCGUGAGGUUGGCACAGUUCUCAAUAAACUGGGCCUUGUGUGAUCCUGGCACAGCCACAGCCUGUGCCUUCCCUUUGCCUUCUUCUCCUGCUGAGAAAACUGCAGCUUAACAGAGACAGCUCAGGAAAAAGCAGGUGUCUGUCAAAGGAGCUCCUGCUUUCCCCACAUGUAGCCAGAACUCUGCACGUUAGCAAAGAGCAGCAUCUCCAUCCCUGCCCCAUGCAGGCCUCAGCAUGGAUCCGUGUUUCCCAGAAACUCCAGCCUCUCUUGGAUGCAUGUCCUGAAAUCACAGAGCUGAGCCCCCCUUUGGCUUUCAGUAGCAGACACAAACCUAGGCAGGAAUUGCACCUAGUCCAGCCCCAGCUUCUGGAAGUCUCUUCCACCUCCUGCCACUACAGAAAGGUUCCAGCUCAGCUGCUGCCAGGGCUGGGGCCAGAGAUGAACUGUCUUUACUGUCAGCUCUUCACACUGACAGCUCAGGCCCCAGCAGACAGCCCCUGCUCUGAGGCCAGCAGGUGACCUGGUGCUCUCUUGAGGAGAACAUUAACAGCUUUCAGCACCCACAGCAGUUGCCUCCCAGGGACAGUCUCUAUGCUGACAAAUAAACAGGAUUUAUUCUUAUG